ACUCAUGAAAGGAUUCACACAGGAGAAAUGCCUUUCACGUGUACAGAGUGUGGAAAAAGUUUUACACAAAUGAGUAAUCUGAAAACUCAUGAAAGGAGUCACACAGGGAAAAAGCCUUUCACAUGUACAGAGUGUGGGAAAUGUUUUAGACAAAUGAGUAGUCUGAAACAUCAUGAAAGGAUUCACACAGGGGAAAAGCCUUUUACAUGUACAGAGUGUGGGAAAUGUUUUACACAAAUGAGUAGUCUGAAACAUCAUGAAAGGUGUCACACAGGGGAAAAGCCUUUUAUAUGUACAGAGUGUGGGGAAAGUUUUACAGCAAUGAGUAGUCUGAAAACUCAUGAAAGCAUUCACACAGGAGAAAAGUCUUUUACAUGUACAGAGUGUGGGAAAUGUUUUACACAAAAGGGUCAUCUGAAAAGGCAUGAAAGGAGUCACACAGGAGAAAAGUCUUUCACAUGUACAGAGUGUGGAAAAUAUUUUACACAAAUGAGUAAUCUGAAAACUCAUGAAAGGAUUCACAAGAGAAGAAGCCUUUCACAUGUUUAG